GGGGGUGGGAUCCCUGACACAGGGAGGGAGCUGUGAUAUCUGAAGACGGUGACGGAUGGACGGGGACGGAACUGAAGGCAUGAUGCCGCCGCCGCGGUGCGUCUGCUGAGUCAGCGUUUCUCUGCUGCCACACUAGUGAAACAUUGAAAGGGAGAGAGAGAGAGACUCUGCAGUUGGUCCCCUGUGUCGCUCGCCCUCCCAAACUCUCUCUCAGUCCUGCUGCCCUGGAAGCGUUGAGGAGGAGACUUCAACAAGCUGGACUCUUUCUAGUUCACAUUGUUCCCUCACAGGCUCAUUUAUUCAUGUGGAAACUCUUGAGAUCCGGACACUAAUGUAAACUCGAGCGGAGCUUCACACUGCCUGAAACCCAAGUUUUUUUUUCUUUCGUUUUUUUUUUCCUGUCCUGCUGAAGCUCAACCUCUUCACCCCCGACUCUGGAAUCCCUCACUCCAGGACUCGACUCGAUCCGCCUGGAAGCUCCGGUUCACUUCUCCUCGAUGCCGCUCGUGGACUAGUUCCACCUGAACCUCCCACCGCUCUCUCGCUCUCGCUCUCUCUCUCUCGCUCUCUGGGGUCCCAGCAUGGAGCUCCAGAGCGCCGCCGCCGCCGCCGGCCUCCCCGGCCCCCUCUCGCCGGCUCUGGACUACGCCGGCCCGUCUCACACCCCCAGCCCCAUCGGGGGGCCCGGCCCCGGCUUCUCGGGCCAGGCCGCCUUCAACUACAACCAGCUGGAGGGCAGGUUUAAGCAGCUCCAAGAUGAGCGUGAGGCGGUGCAGAAGAAGACCUUCACCAAGUGGGUGAACUCCCACCUGUCCAGAGUCUCCUGCAGGAUCACCGACCUCUACAUGGACCUGAGGGACGGACGCAUGCUCAUCAAGCUGCUGGAGGUCCUGUCCGGAGAGAAACUGCCCAAACCCACCAAGGGUCGGAUGAGGAUCCACUGCCUGGAGAACGUGGACAAGGCUCUGCAGUUCCUGAAGGAGCAGAGGGUCCACCUGGAGAACAUGGGCUCCCACGACAUCGUCGACGGCAACCACCGCCUGGUCCUGGGCCUCAUCUGGACCAUCAUCCUCCGCUUCCAGAUCCAGGACAUCAGCGUGGAGACGGAGGACAACAAGGAGAAGAAGUCGGCCAAAGACGCCCUGCUGCUCUGGUGUCAGAUGAAGACCGCGGGGUAUCCGAAUGUCAACAUCCACAACUUCAGCACCAGCUGGAGGGACGGGAUGGCCUUCAACGCCAUCAUCCACAAACACAGACCGGACCUGAUCGACUUUGAUAAGCUGAAGAAAUCAAACGCUCACCACAACCUGCAGAAUGCGUUCAACCUAGCCGAGCAGCACCUGGGCCUCACCAAGCUGCUGGAUGCUGAGGACAUCAGUGUGGACCACCCCGAUGAGAAGUCCAUCAUCACCUACGUGGUGACCUACUACCACUACUUCUCCAAGAUGAAGGCGCUGAAGGUGGAGGGGAAGCGAAUCGGAAAGGUUCUGGACAACGCCGUCGAGACGGAGAAGAUGAUCGAGAAGUACGAGUCUCUGGCGUCGGACCUGCUGGAGUGGAUCGAGCAGACCAUCAUCAUCCUCAACAACAGGAAGUUUGCCAACUCUCUGGUGGGCGUCCAGCAGCAGCUGCAGGCCUUCAACACCUACCGCACAGUGGAGAAACCCCCAAAGUUCACGGAGAAGGGGAACCUGGAGGUUCUUCUGUUCACCAUCCAGAGUAAGAUGAGGGCCAACAACCAGAAGGUUUACACUCCUCGAGAGGGCAAGCUCAUCUCCGACAUCAACAAGGCAUGGGAGCGUCUGGAGAAGGCGGAGCACGAGCGGGAGCUGGCUCUGAGGACGGAGCUGAUCCGUCAGGAGAAGCUGGAGCAGCUCGCCCGGCGCUUCGACCGCAAGGCGGCCAUGAGGGAGACGUGGCUGAGCGAGAACCAGCGGCUGGUCUCCCAGGAUAACUUUGGAUUUGACCUCCAGGCCGUAGAGGCUGCUACUAAGAAACAUGAAGCCAUAGAAACGGACAUAGCGGCCUACGAGGAGCGAGUUCAGGCGGUGGUUUCCGUGGCCAAGGAGAUGGAGUCUGAGAAUUACCACGACAUCAAACGCAUCACGGCCAGGAAGGACAACGUGAUCCGACUGUGGGAGUACCUGCUGGAGCUGCUGAAGGCCCGCAGGCUGAGGCUGGAGCUGACCCUGGGCCUGCAGAGGGUCUUCCAGGAGAUGCUCUACAUCAUGGACUGGAUGGACGAGAUGAAGAUGAUGCUGCUCUCUCAGGAUUACGGGAAACACCUGCUGGGUGUGGAGGACCUGCUGCAGAAACACGCCCUGGUGGAGGCCGACAUCAGCAUCCAGGCCGACCGCGUCCGAAACGUCAACCGCAACGCUCAGAAGUUUGCCGACGACAUGGACGGUUACAAGCCCUGUGACCCUCAGAUCAUCAGGGAUCGGGUCGCUCACAUGGAUUUCUGCUACCAGGAGCUGAGUCAGCUGGCGGCUGAGCGGAGGGGUCGCCUCGAAGAGUCCCGCCGCCUCUGGAAGUUCUUCUGGGAAAUGGCCGAAGAGGAGGGCUGGAUCAGGGAGAAGGAGCAGAUCCUCUCCUCCGAGGAUUAUGGGAAGGAUCUGACGGGAGCGCUCCGUCUGCUGAGUCAGCACAAAGCCUUCGAGGACGAGAUGAGCGGGCGAGCCGCCCACCUGCAGCAGACGAUCAAACAGGGCGAGGAGCUGGUGGCCAACAACCACUUUGGAGCCGACAAGAUCAAGGAGCGCAUCCAGGACAUCCAGGAGCAGUGGGCGGCUCUGGAGCGUCUCUCCGCCGUCCGUAAAGCUCGUCUGCAGGAGGCCUGCAACCAGCACCAGUUUCAGGCCGACGCCGACGACAUCGACACGUGGAUGCUGGACGUGCUGCGCAUCGUCUCCAGCGUGGACGUCGGCCACGACGAGUUCUCCACGCAGGCCCUGGUGAAGAAACACAAGGACGUGGCCGAGGAGAUCGGAAGCUACCGGCCCGUCAUCGAGGCGCUCCACGAGCAGUCCGGCACGCUGCCGCCCGAGAAGGCCAAGUCCGAGGAGGUCCAGAGCCGGCUGGCGGGCAUCGAGGAGCGCUACAAGGAGGUGGUGGAGCUGACGCGCCUCCGGAAGCAGGCGCUGCAGGACGCCCUGGCGCUCUACAAGAUGCUGAGCGAGGCCAGCGCCUGCGAGGUGUGGAUCGACGAGAAGGAGCAGUGGCUCAACAGCAUGGACAUCCCCGAGAAGCUGGAGGACCUGGAGGUGGUGCAGCACCGCUUUGAGAGUCUGGAGCCGGAGAUGAACAACCAGGCGUCCCGAGUUGCCGUGGUGAACCAGGUUGCUAGGCAACUGAUCCACUGCGGACAUCCCAGCGAGAAGGAGAUCAAGACCCAGCAGGACAAACUCAACACCAGGUGGAGUCAGUUCAGAGACCUGGUGGACCAGAAGAAGGACAGUCUGAGCUCCGCCCUGGGAGUCCAGAACUACCACCUGGAGUGCAACGAGACCAAGUCCUGGAUCAAAGAGAAGACCAAGGUGAUCGAGUCCACCCAGGAGCUCGGGAACGACCUGGCCGGCGUCAUGGCGCUGCAGAGGAAGCUGACGGGGAUGGAGCGCGACCUGGCCGCCAUCGAGGACAAGCUGGGCGACCUGGGGAAGGAGGCGGAGCGCCUGGCCUCGGAGCACCCGGAUCAGUCGGAGGCCAUCAAGGGCCGCCUGGCCGGGAUCACCGCCGUCUGGGACGAGAUGAAGGACACCAUGAAGAACCGGGAGGAGUCUCUGGGCGAGGCCAGCAAGCUGCAGCAGUUCCUGCGCGACCUGGACGACUUCCAGUCGUGGCUGUCGCGCACGCAGACGGCCAUCGCCUCCGAGGACAUGCCCAACACGCUGGCCGAGGCCGAGAAGCUGCUGGCCCAGCACGAGAACAUCAAGAACGAAAUCCGCAACUACGAGGAGGACUACCAGAAGAUGCGGGACAUGGGCGAGACGGUGACGCAGGGCCAGACGGACGCGCAGUACAUGUUCCUGCGCCAGCGGCUGCAGGCGCUGGACACCGGCUGGAACGAGCUGCACAAGAUGUGGGAGAACCGGCAGAACCUGCUGUCCCAGUCGCACGCCUACCAGCUGUUCCUCAGGGACACCAAGCAGGCCGAGGCCUUCCUCAACAACCAGGAGUACGUGCUGGCCCACACCGAGAUGCCCGGCACCCUGGAGGCCGCCGAGGCCGCCAUCAAGAAGCAGGAGGACUUCAUGACCACCAUGGACGCCAACGAGGAGAAGAUCGGCGGCGUGGUCGACACCGGGCGCCGCCUGGUCACCGACGGCAACAUCAACGCGGAGCGCGCCCAGGAGAAGGUGGACUCCAUCGACCAGAGACACAAGAAGAACCGAGCGGCCGCCAGCGACCUGCUGACCAGGCUGAAGGACAACAGAGACCUGCAGAGGUUCCUGCAGGACUGCCAGGAGCUGUCCCUGUGGAUCAACGAGAAGAUGCUGACGGCCCAGGACAUGUCCUACGACGAGGCCAGGAACCUCCACAGCAAGUGGCUGAAGCACCAGGCCUUCAUGGCCGAGCUGCAGUCCAACAAGGAGUGGCUGGACAAGAUCGACAAGGACGGGCAGGCGCUGAUGGCGGAGAAGCCCGAGACGGAGGACAUGGUGAAGGAGAAGCUGUCGUCCCUGAAGACCAUGUGGGAGGAGCUGGAGUCCACCACCCAGACCAAGGCCAAGUGCCUGUUCGACGCCAACAAGGCGGAGCUCUUCACCCAGAGCUGCGCCGACCUCGACAAGUGGCUGGCCGGCCUGGACGGGCAGCUGCAGUCCGACGACUACGGCAAAGACCUGACCUCCGUCAACAUCCUGCUGAAGAAGCAGCAGAUCCUGGAGAGCCAGGUGGAGGUGCGUCAGAAGGAGGUGGGGGAGCUGCAGGGCCAGUCGCAGGCCCUCAGCCGCGAGGGGAAAGGCUCCGACGAGGUGGACGGCCAGAGGAUCAGCGUGGAGAAGAAGUUCCAGUCCCUCCAGGACCCCCUGAAGAAGAGAAGGGACAACCUCAUGGCCUCCCGCGAGAUCCACCAGUUCAACCGGGACGUGGAAGACGAGAUCCUGUGGGUUGAGGAGAGGAUGCCUCUGGCCACGUCCACCGACCACGGCAACAACCUGCAGACCGUCCAGCUGGCCAUCAAGAAGAACCAGACCCUGCAGAAGGAGAUCGUGGGCCACCAGCCGCGCUACGACGACAUCUUCCAGCGCAGCCAGCACGUCCUGCGGGAGAACGGCCCCACGGCCGAGCUGAUCCGCCGGCGCCUCGCCGAGCUGCAGUCGCUGUGGGAGCAGAUCAGGAAGGAGACUGAGAAGCGCCACACGAGGCUCAGCGAGGCCCACGAGGCCCAGCAGUACUACUUCGACGCCGCCGAGGCCGAGGCCUGGAUGAGCGAACAGGAGCUCUACAUGAUGUCCGAGGAGAAGGCCAAGGACGAGCAGAGCUCGGUGGCCAUGCUGAAGAAGCAUCAGAUCCUGGAGCAGGCGGUGGAGGACUACGCAGACACCGUCCAUCAGCUGUCCGGCACCAGCCGCGGCCUGGUGGCCGCCGAGCACCCCGACAGCGAGCGGAUCGGCAUGCGUCAGUCUCAGGUGGACAAGCUGUACGCCGGGCUCAAGGACCUGUCGGAGGAGCGCCGGGGGAAGCUGGACGAGCGCUUGCGUCUCUUCCAGCUGAACCGGGAGGUGGACGACCUGGAGCAGUGGAUCGCCGAGAGGGAGGUGGUGGCCGGAUCCCACGAGCUGGGACAGGACUACGAGCACGUCACCAUGCUGCAGGAACGUUUCCGAGAAUUUGCCCGCGACACGGGGAACAUCGGCCAGGAGCGCGUGGACACCGUCAACCUGCAGGCGGACGAGCUGAUCAACACCGGCCACGGCGACGCCGCCACCAUCGCCGAGUGGAAGGACGGCCUGAACGAGGCCUGGGCCGACCUGCUGGAGCUCAUCGACACCCGGACGCAGAUCCUCGCCGCCUCCUUUGAGCUGCACAAGUUCUACCACGACGCCAAGGAGAUCCUGCACCGCAUCCUGGACAAGCACAAGAAGCUGCCCGAGGAGCUGGGCCGCGACCAGAACACGGUGGAGACGCUGCAGAGGAUGCACACCACCUUCGAGCACGACAUCCAGGCCCUGGGGACGCAGGUGCGCCAGCUUCAGGAGGACGCCGUUCGCCUGCAGUCCGCCUACGCUGGAGAUAAAGCCGACGACAUUCAGAAGCGAGAAGGAGAGGUCCUCGAGGCCUGGAAGAACCUGCUGGAGGCGGCGGAGGGCCGGCGGGUGAAGCUGGUCGAGACCGGAGACAAGUUCCGCUUCUUCAGCAUGGUGCGCGACCUGAUGCUGUGGAUGGAGGACGUCAUCCGCCUGAUCGAGGCCCAGGAGAAGCCCAGGGACGUGUCGUCUGUUGAGCUGCUGAUGAACAACCACCAGGGCAUCAAGGCGGAGAUCGACGCCCGCAACGACAGCUUCACCGCCUGCAUCGAGCUGGGCAAAGCCCUGCUGGCCAGGAAGCACUACGCUUCAGAGGAGAUUAAAGAGAAGUUGUUACAGUUGACGGACAAGAGGAAAGACAUGAUUGACAAGUGGGAGGACCGAUGGGAGUGGCUGAGACUGGUCCUGGAGGUGCACCAGUUCUCCCGGGACGCCGGCGUGGCCGAGGCCUGGCUGCUGGGUCAGGACCCCUACCUGUUCAGCAGGGAGAUGGGCCAGAGCGUGGACGAGGUGGAGAAACUCAUCAAGCGCCACGAGGCCUUCGAGAAGUCUGCCGCCACCUGGGAGGAGCGCUUCUCCGCUCUGGAGAGGCUGACCACGAUGGAGUUAUUGGAAGUGCGAAGAAUGCAAGAGGAAGAAGAGAAGAGGAGACAACCUCCGCCCACUGAGGCGCAGCCCGGCGACGCUGCAGCUCAGCACAGGGAGGGCGAGCUGCUGUCUCAGAACGGGCUGCCGUCGGAUCAGGAGUCUGCCAGGGACAACGUGGACGCCGGGGAGGCGGUGAACGGGGCGUCGGAGCCGAGCCCCUCGGGGUCUCCCGGGGCGCCUCGCAAGGGCAAGGUCAGCCAGGCGGCGACCCUGCCGGCCAAGUCCCAGCCGGAGGCCCCCACCUCCCAGCUGGAGGGCUUCCUGCACCGCAAGCACGAGUGGGAGGGACACAACAAGAAGGCUUCCAGCAGGUCGUGGCACAACGUGUACUGUGUGAUCAACCAGCAGGAGAUGGGCUUCUACAAGGACCAGAAGAGCGCCGCUCAGGGGAUUCCCUACCACAGCGAGAUCCCCGUCCCCCUGAAGGACGCCGUCUGCGAGGUGGCGCUGGACUACAAGAAGAAGAAACACGUCUUCAAGCUCAAGAUCACUGAUGGGAAUGAGUAUCUCUUCCAAGCCAAAGAUGACGAGGAGAUGAACACGUGGUUAUCGGCCAUCUCGACCGCCAUGGUGGGCGAGAAGUCGGAGGUGACUCCCAGCAGCCACAGCACGCCCGCCCCCCCCGCCGCACGCGCUCAGACGCUGCCGGCCUCCGUCGCCACGGCAGCCGAGUCCAGCCCGGGCAAACGAGAGAAAGACAAGGAGAAACGCUUCAGUCUCUUCAGCAAGAAGAAGUAGACGCUCCUCCUUCCCUCCCCCCCCCCCCUCCUCCUCUUCCUCCUCAUUCCUCUGGUGCUGUUUGGGGUCGCUCCUCAUUAUCGAUCCUCCUCCUGUCAAAUAUUAGUGGAGGAAGUCUGUGUCUAUUGAGCGAAUAUUAGAUUUAGUCAGCUCCUAGCAACUAAAGUAACAACUAAAAACGAUCAACUGCUCCACGUGUAGUUAAAUUUACUUCUAAAUGGAUUGAAAUGUACUCAAAACCGUUCAAAAGUGUGUUAUUAAUGUGAUGAAAUAAAAAAAAAAAAACACGGUGAGCCGAUGAGGAAAAAGAUGCUUCGAUGCGACGGUUCCAACGUAAUCAGUUGCUUCGUCGAAUGAAAUCCCAAACAGCCUCGUUCUCUUCUAUUUCUUUCUUCCUCCUCCUCUUCCUCCUCCUCUUCCUCUCUCAAAGCGUGACUCCAGCAUGCAAGCUCCGAGCCAAAACUCUCCACUCUGUGCCUAUCAACCGCCCGGUCCGGCUCAGAGCGUCAGUUACAGCUACAAACACACCGACCCGUGUCCUCUGUUCAACCUUUUUGUGAGAUACGGAGCAAAUGAAAAGAGAUCGGAUCGAAAGAAAACCAAUUUCAAAAUAAAAGGGGUCUUGCGGACGCUUUAGAUUGAGUUUGCCGCUGAAAAACAACAACAACAACAACGCUGUAGAGGAUUUCCCACAAUAUUCCCCUUUAUUAUUCUUAUUGCUAUUAUUUGUGUUUUCUAUCUGCUUCUGCUCCCCCCCCCCCCUCAUCCCAGCUUCUCAUCGACUACUGCCUUUGGUGGGUUGUGUUUGAGCUCCCGAGUCGUCUCUGUUCCUCUGUUGGUUUCUUUUGGGACGUUGUAGUUUAGUUCCUGGUAGGGUCCAUCCUCAGUUUUUGCGAGGCUUUGUCUUUGCAAGAUGACGUGUAUCCCUCUGUAGUGGGGAAAACUGAGACCACAGCGGGGUAACCCUCCGAAAUUACAAGUUUUUUCAAUUUCAGCUAAAAUGCCUAAAACGAUGUAAAAAAAAAAAAGUGCCGAAAAUGUGAGGAGAGCAGUUUAAAGUUUAAAGAGUUCAAAGUACAAAACGGACCGCAUUCUGUGCACUGAAUAACUCUGCUUUCUGUUUCCAUUUUUGCAAUAAAACCUGAAAAGCUUAUUAUCAUCACUAUGUUCUGGUGCUGACUAAUUCCUGCAGCGUAAAGUGGCUGUAAUUUGGAGAGUUACCCUGCGGUGCUUUGAAUUGUAUGUAUAACUUGUGUAUAACAAACUGUUAAAAAAAUAAACCUGUGUUUUUAAUUUCACCAAUAUUUACUGCUAAUAAGACGUACAAACCGUAAUAAGCUUCAUUUGAGUAUAUUCUUUAAUCUUAACCAAUCUGAAUGAAGGAGCCAUUGAGCCUCUGUGGGGGAAUAAAUAACUAAGACCAGUAAGAAUGUUUGUGAACUCAAACUUUUAGGUUUCCAGUAAGAUUUGUUUGAUCCCUGGUUACAUUUUUGAAAAACAUUCAUUUACACCUUCUUUUAGUUCUUUUUAUUUCCUCCACAAUGUAUUUUCUGUUUCCCAGUUAAACUGUCUUAAGGUUUAUUUAGUCUGAGUAUGGAGACGUAGAUGUACUAUGAAAAACAAAUGACUUUAAGCAUUGCUGUUAAGUGGACAAGUUGCUUCUAAAAAGCAUUUACUGGAAGUGAGACGUGUUGCAGAAUAAUGGUCGCUUGCUUGUUGGCUUCAGCUCUCCGUUUUGAUUUUUUUUUUUUUUUUCCCCCCAGACUUUUGCCACCAAUGAAGAGAAAACCUUUAUGCUUCACGCAGAAGUUCUUUAGUGACAAAAUGAACCCCGAGAUUCGCCCAGUUAAACAUCUGCUGGUUGAGAUUUGAGAGCAUUAUUUGAUCUCCACAUGUGAACAGCCUUCCUGACGCAUGUGAUGGUUUAAAUGAGCAUGCCGGAGUUUGUCUCCCUGCCUACUAAAUGUACACUUUGUUUUCUACAGAAACGUGUUCCUCAAUCCACAAAAUCGGCCCAAACUGAUUGAAGCUUGAAUUUGGUUUUGUGCUCCAUGUAAUUUUGUCAUUAAACAACUUCCACACCUGCGAGUAAAGUGGAAGCAAAAAUCAGCAGGAAUGAGCCCCCCCCCCAAAGAGUGAGAGCUGGGUGCGUUUGUUUUGCUCCACAGCCGGCGGCGGUGGUGGGGGGGGGGGGGGGGGUUGUUCUGGUUUGUUGGUGGAACACCUGAAGUAACCCGAGAAACGCUUCACUUCCUGUUCUUCGUUUUCUUUACGCUGCGUCCUCUGGCGGUUUGAUAAGUAAUAGUGUGCAUUCCUCCGUCACUGUAACCAUAGUAAUGAGAUAUUUCUUCAUAUUGCACAAUCAGUAAUGCCACAAUUGGGGUGGGCGGGGCCGGGUGGG